AUGUAUCAGACUGUUGACUCAACUGUUGCUGGUGACGAAGUAAGGUUUGAGGACUUCAGGGAGGUAAAGGAGAUCAUGCAGCUCCUUGAGAAGAAAUUCCGAGAUCUAGAAGGAGACCACAUAUUUGGAUCUGCUGCCAAAGAAAUAUGCCUUGUAUUCGGGUUGGUGAUUCCAGCAAAAUUCAAAACUCCGGACUUCGACAAAUACAAGGGGCACACUUGUCCAAAAAUCCAUCUCAUCAUGUAUUACUGCAAAAUGGCUGCACACGUGGAGGACGACAAGCUAAUGAUCCACUGUUUUCAGGACAGCUUAAGUGGGGCUCCUUCCAAAUGGUAUCUAAGUCUGGAUCAGAAUAAGAUCAAGUGUUUCCAGGACCUGUCAGACGCGUUCAUAAAACAUUACAAAUAUAAUAUGGAUAUGGCGCCUGACAGAAGACAGCUGCAGAGCAUGUUCCAACAUGACAAGGAGUCCUUCAAGGAGUAUGCUCAAAGAUGGAGGGAACUGGCUUCUCAGGUUGAACCACCUCUUGCUGAGAAAGAAUUGGCCGAACUGUUUAUCGACACUGUCCAGCCUCAAUUCUAUGAGAAGAUGGUUGGAAGCGCUUCCCUGGGAUUCUCGGAUCUUGUGGCUAUCGGAGCUCGUGUUGAAUGUGGUGUAAGGAAUGGCAAACUGGCGGCUGUAGCUGGAACUUCAAAUGCUAAUCCAAAGAAGUUCUCUGGAGGGUUUCCUAGAAAGAAGGAAGGGGAAACAAAUGUUGUGACUGCUGGUCAAGGAAGAGCUCCUCCAAGGAGACCACAACAAUACUCACCUCAGCAAUAUGUUCAACAACCAAUUCCCUAUCAACCACCCAUGUAUCCCAUCCAUUAUGCUCCACAACCAUACGUAGCUGCUGUGAUGCCUGCGUUCAAUCAACAACCUGCUCAGGCUUAUCAAGCGCCUCCAGUCUAUCGACCAGCUCCAGUUCAACAACGUGCUGCGGCUCCUCCAGCUUAUCAAUAA